UACGAAUGCCUCCUUGACAUGUUUUGAUAUAUUGCAGCACUUUCGCUCUUUUGCGUAGACUUUGUUCCCGCCUUGGCUGCAUAUCUGCGUUUGAACGGGAACUUUACUGGACGAGAUCCCUAGUGAAUCAAUCGCACUCCUUCGUUUAUCGACAUUUCGUCAAUCUCACUCAUGACACGCGGUGCUCGCAGCAGUCUUCAAGAAUCCUACAUCACGAGAAGCCGCAACAGAGACGAGACUACGGGGCUGACAACGGCGCCCCCCUCGCUGCGCGCCCUUCAACGAUGAUGGAUCUCAUACCUCAGCGAGUGUUUGCGCUCGCGGCUGAGGCGCGAUUGCGAUCCCAAACUUUCCUGGCGACUGCUCAGAGCCAUGCAGAACUACCCUGGAUCAACGACGUGACCCAGCUCGCCGACUCAGGAUAUCCUCAAGCCCUCGUCCUCGCCAUCUCUGCGCUCUGGAUUGUCUCGCGCCUCAUCCAGCGCCGCAACAAACCCUCGUCAUCAUCUCAACCCACCACAACCACCACUGUCCGCGCCGCCAGCAUCAGAUGGCCCUGGGAACUCCUCGCCCAGCUCGUCCGCGCCUCCACCCUAGCCUUCCUCGCCCUCGCGGCCGCCCGCGGCCAGACACCCUGGCUAAAUGCCCUCGUCGCCGCCUACGCCCUCGUCCUCGGCCUCUCGAGGCUCGUCAACGACCUCGAGUGGCGGCACGUCGCCCUGCACCAGGUCAACUUCACCCUCGGCCUCGAGCUCCUCAUCUUCGCCGCCUCCUCUGCCCUGCCCUGCAUCGAAGCCUCGUCCGAGUGCGCCGUCGCGGCGCCAGUCAAGGGCGGCCUCGCGAGCUUGGCCGCCGCCGUGGUGAUCUCCGUCAUCACGCCCAGGGAAUGGGUUCCCCCCUCGCUCGCAAACGACGUGCCCGUGCCCGAGGGCUACGAGAAGCGCGGGCCCGCGCCCGAGGAGACGUGCAGCUGGGCAAACUACUAUCUCACCUUUGAGUGGCUCACGCCCGUCAUGUGGAAGGGCGCGCGCACCGGCGAGGUCGUCCUCGAGGACCUGCCCCAGCUGCCCUGGUACGACGAGCCGCUGCUGCUGCUCGCGCGGAUCAAGAAGGCGAGGGCCAGGGGCGUCACAACGACGUGGACUCUGUUCUAUUUGCUGCGCAAGGAGGUCAACCUCAUGGCCUUUUACAUCUCCUCGGCCUACGCCUCGGAGCUCAUCGCGCCGUACGGCCUGUACCACCUUCUGGGCUACCUCGCGGAUCCCCAGGGCGCGUCCGUCAAGCCCUGGCUCUGGCUUGUACUCAUGUUCUGCGGCCCGCUGUCGCGCUCUGUCCUGUUCCAGCAGUAUGUCUUCACGUCGACCCGUCUGGUCGUGCGCCUGCGGUCCGCCCUGACGCAGGAGCUGUACCAUCGCGCCAUGGGGUCCAUGGAGCUCGAGGAGGACAUUUUCGCACCCAAGCCCGACGGCGCCGGGGACAAGAACAAGGACAAGAACAAGAAGAAGAACAAGAAGGAAGAGGAGGCUGGGCGAUCUACGACGUCGGCUGGCCGUCUGGCGAACCUCAUGGCGGCCGACGUGCAGGCCAUCUUUGGCGCGCGCGACGUCGUCAUGGCCGGGACCGGUGUGCCCGUGGGCACCAUCCUCUCCGUUAUCGGCCUGUACAGGAUGCUCGGCUGGCCCGCUCUCGUGGGCACGUUGAUCCUCCUCCUCGCCGCGCCCGUGUCCGUCACCAUCUCGCGGCUCAUGGGCCGGCUGACCCGCAAGGCCCGGCGCGCGCAGGACGCCCGCAUCUCGCUCGUCUCCGAGUACCUCGCCUCUAUCCGCGCCGUCAAAUACUUUGCGUGGGAGGACGCCAUCAUCGAGACGAUCGAGGACGCCCGCGCCAGCGAGCAGCGCGACCUCUGGCGCGUGUCGCUGUCGUUCGUCAUGCUCAACCAGAUCAGCGCCCUCGUGCCCUACGUCUCCAUGAUUACAAUGUUCUCCCUCUACGUCGGCGUCUGCGGACAGCCCAUGACGGCCGCUACGGCUUUUACGACGACGUACCUCGUCAAGCAGAUCCGCCGCAACGUCGGCCAGGUUGCGUUCAUGUCGCGCCAGAUUACCGGCGCUGCCAUCGCCGUCAGCCGUCUCGACAAAUACUUUGCCACCACGACGCCGCUCGACGAGUACCCCGAAGGACCCCUACGCAUCCAAGACGCCACCUUCCGCCGCAACAAGACUGCCUCGUUUCAGUUGAAGGACCUCUCCGUCGACUUUGCCCAAGGAGGUCUCAACGUCGUUUCGGGCGUCAGCGGAAGUGGCAAGACGACGCUGCUGCUUGCGAUCCUGGGCGAGACGGUCAAGGAGGGCGGUACUAUCACGCGGCCCAAGGACGUCGCUUUUGCGUCGCAGACGUCGUGGCUGCAAAACGACACCAUCAAGGAGAACAUCCUCUUCAACAGCCCCCUCGAGCCGGUGCGCUACGACAGAGUCGUCAACGCGUGCUGUCUCCCCGUUGACCUACGGGAGCUGGACGCCGGUGAUCAGACUGUUGUCGGCGAGAACGGCGCGUCCCUCUCGGGUGGUCAGAAGGCGCGCGUCGCGUUGGCUAGAGCGUUGUACUCCAAGGCGCCUUUGCUGCUUCUCGACGACAUCUUUUCAGCACUCGAUGCCAAGACGGCGGCCUCGCUUUGGGAGCGGUGCUUCUGCUCUGACUUGUUGAAGGGGCGGACCGUGGUCCUGGUGGCGCAGCAGCCUUGGGUUGCAGCCCAAGCUGAUGUCGCCGUUACUCUCGAGGACGGAGCGGUCAAGCACGUCGAGCAGAACAUUGGUGUCGCCCGCCACCCGGUUGCGGUUGCGAAGGAUAUUGAGGGCGAGAGCAGCACCGAGGUGUCCGACAACUCAGACACGGAAGUCGAGACGCAGACGGAUCCGCUCAACGACACGAGCAAGGUCGCCGUCGAUAAGGGGACGAAGGAUGUGGUUGCUCAGGAGAUGAAGGCCAGCGGGAAGAGCGCCCGUUUAAUGUUCUUCAAGUACAUGACCUACUUUGGCGGCCCAGGCUACGCCGUAUUCUGCAUGUUCCUGAUGCUCCUCUCCCAGCUCUCCGUCAUGGGCGGCACUCUCUGGCUCUCGGUCUGGGUAGACGCCUACGACAGGCAGACGGCCGUCGACAUCGCCUUCUACCUCGGCGUCUACGCCGCCGUCACCGUCACCGAGUCGGUCCUCUACGCCGCCGUCUUCCUCGUCUUCGAGAACGGCGCCUGGCACGCCGCCCGCAAGCUGCACAACGACUUCAUCCGCGCCGUCAUGCGCGUCUCCCUGAGCUGGUACAAGCAGACGCCCGUCGGCCGCAUCAUCAACCGCUUCUCGAGCGACAUGUCCUCGCUCGACCUCAGCGUUAGCCCGCAGCUCCGCGCCUUUCUCGAGAGCUCCCUCGCCCUCGUCAUCCGCAUCUUUGCCAUUAGCUCCAUCAUGCCGAUCUUCAUCGUGCCCGCCGCCGUCGCGUCCACGUGCGGCCUCGUCGUCGGCGAGAUCUACACACGCACCGCCGUCACUAUCAAGCGCCUCGUCGCGAGCUCGCAGUCGCCCAUCUUUUCGCAGUUUGCGGAUACCCUCGCGGGUCUGCCUAUUAUUCGCGCGCGGGCCGGGAUGCCCGAUACCUUUGGCGAUAACCUCGCCGACAAGCUUCGCGUCUGGUCUAGGGCGGCGGAGGCGCACUUCAACUGUAACCGGUGGGUCGCGAUGCGCGUCGAUGUCAUCACGGCCCUGGUCGGUUUGAGCGCGGGUAUCAUUGCCGUGUACAAGGCCGGCCUUGUCGGCGCCGGUCUGGUGGGUUUCUCGCUGCACAAUGCGACUGGUCUGAGUCAGACUAUCCUGGGUCUCGUCCGUAGUAUGAACGAUCUCGAGGUUGAGCUGCAGAGUUUCGUACGUAUCAAAGAAUACGCCGGCCUCGACACCGAAGAAAAGGACGAUGAAUCCUACCCCGAAGAAGGCCAAGUCGAAUAUACCGACACCCCAACCCACGUCAUACCCACAACCUGGCCCGCGACAGGCGAAAUCGAAUUCCGCAACGUCACCAUCCGCUACGACCAAGACGGGCCCAACAUCCUCACAGACGUCAACCUCCGAUUCAAAGCCGGCGAGCGCGUCGCCAUCGUCGGCCGCACGGGCAGCGGCAAGUCCACGCUGGUCCUCUCCCUCCUGCGCUUCACACACAUCGUGUCGGGCCAGAUCCUCUACGACGGCAUCGACAUCACCAAGAUCCCGCGCCGCCGCCUCCGCGAGGCGCUGACUAUCAUCCCACAGGAGGCUGUGCUCUUCAACGGCACGCUGCGGACGAACCUCGAUCCGACGGGGAAGAUUGCGGAGCCGGUGCUUGAGAGGGCGCUUGAGUCGUGUCAGGGGAUUGCGUCGUUCCAGUACCAGCCGUCUUCGGAUGUGGAUACUGACGCGGAUGAUGCGGUGGUCGCGCGGGACGAUGACUCUUCCAGGCUGGCGCUGUCGACGGUGGUGAAUGCCAAGGGUGAAAACUUCUCCCAUGGGCAGCGUCAGGUUCUGUCGCUGUGCCGUGCGUUGGUAAGGGGUAGCAGGUUGAUGUUGCUGGACGAGGCGACGGCGAGCAUGGACUAUGAGACGGAUAGGGGGAUUCAGGCUGUGUUGAGGAGGGAGGUCAACGGGGAUGGCGACGGCGAUGACCGAACGCUGGUCACGAUUGCCCACCGCCUGCGGACGAUUGCAGACUAUGAUACGGUUGUUGUCAUGGGGGCUGGAAGGGUCGUCGAGGCGGGACGGCCGGUAGAGUUAUAUAAGGCGAGAGGCGUGUUUUAUGACAUGGUCCAUCAUAGUGGCGAGAGAAACGAUUUGGAGGAGCUUUUCGAAGGUGGGAAAUGAGUCAAAAGGGGUUUGAGGAUGUUUCUCAUCUGAGUGUGUCAUGCGGCUGAAGAGGCCAGUUCAGGGAGUCGGAUUAUGAUGCAUUAGAAUAGCAUGUUAUAGAUUGUGUCCGCCUGCGUGUACUUUUGGCAUCUGGAUGGAAAUCCUGUACACAUACACAUAGAAAGAAGCCAUUACUUGUACUUUGUAUCUGCUAGUACGAGAUUGAGCUUGAUACAGAUCGGUUAUAUUGCAU